AUGACUCUAAAGAAAACACAUCUUCGGAUGAGGAACAAGAACCUCCUUGUCGCUCAGUUGGACGGCCACGGGCCGAUCAAGUUUUUAUUUAAAAAGGAAAAUGCUGAUUUAGUCCGGAAUACGGAAAAGGAAAUAAUAACAAACAUUGAAAAUUUGAUUCCUAUUGAGAUUAAAACAAAAGAAGGGCACUCUUAUAUAAUUGAAGUUGAUAUGAUGUUAACAAUGUUGGACGGCAGUAUUGGAAACGUUCUAUCAGAGACAAAUUCAACUAUGAAGUGCAUCAUUUGCGGAGCCACACCCAAGGACAUGGACACGUUAGCAGGGAUUGACCGUCCUCCUAACGUAGACAAUUACUGGUUUGGUUUGUCAACUUUACACUGCUGGAUUCGUUUUUUUGAAUGCUUACUCCAUAUUGGAUACCGCCUGCCAAUUAAAUCUUGGCAGGUUCGUGGGCCUGAAAACAAAGCUAUAGUCAAAGCAAACAAAAAACGAAUCCAAGCAGAGUUCAGAGCCAAGCUGUCUCUAAUAGUUGACAAACCAAAACCCGGAAUGCGAACUUACAAAAGAAAAACUGACCGAGCUAAUAUUAGUAAAGAUUUGAUAAAACAAGCUGCAAGUGAAGUAAUAAAUGGUACAAGUAUCCGUAAAGCAGCUAAAAAUAAUAAAAUAGACAGAACCACGCUUUCGAGGUAUGUCAAUAAAUUAAAAGCUACCCCUGAUUCUGAUGUGUUCAUGGAGUAUGCAAACCCUCGCCAAGUUUUUUCGAAUCAACAAGAACGCAUAUUAAAACUACUACCUCAUACAAGUCUAUAUUUUAUGGUUUAA